AUGCCUGCAGCCGAAUGGGGCCGAUCCUACGUCUCUGCCAAGAUAGCGACCAACCGCGGCACAGGACGGGCGUGUUUUGCAUUUCCGACAUCGCCAUGUCAUCUCUUCGAUACGCUUGCAAUGGAGCCGCUGGCCGCAUUUUCAAGUGCCGGUACCACCGCCGAUCUGUGCAAAAAGCUUUUGUUGCUCUGCAAGGAUGUUAAGAAUGCGGCAGCGGAGACUGACCAGCUACGGCGGCUCCUCGCCAACUUCCAGAGAAUCCUCACCAGCGUUGAAGAGAUGCGCAGUAGCCCCAACAAUGCAAAGCUCAAGCAUACUCACCAACUCAGCGAUGCCAUUCAUGAAGCCCAGUCCUUAAUGCAAAAAUUAGUUGAUGACCUCUCCCCCUCUUCCGAAACGGCUCACAGGAUACUGCGCAAGAUCAAAGGAAGCUCAAUCAGGUGGCCUUUUGAGAAAAAUGACAUUCUCCAGAGGAUGAGCAGCCUAGAACGAUGCAUGCAAGUGAUUAACGAAAGCCUUCAAGUUGAUCAAACCAACCUAUUGCUGGACAUCAAUUACAGAGCUAUUCUUGACAAGCUUCCUGUCGCAAGUGACGCCUAUUUCGAUUCCUUUGACGAAAGUAGCAAGGCAAGAUGCCUUCCAGAAACUCGAGUGGAUCUCCUUCAAGACGUUACCAACUGGGCCAAGAAAUCAGACUCACAUGCCGUAUUUUGGCUCAAUGGCAUGGCAGGCACCGGCAAGUCGACUAUUUCUCGAACAAUUUCGGAAAUUUUCGCGAAUGAAAGUCGCCUCGGGGCCAGUUUUUUCUUCAAGAGGGGCGAGGCUGACAGAGGAGGACUGGCCAAGUUUUUCACAACAAUUGCCGCGGAUCUUGUACGCCGACAGCCAAUAUUUGCGCCCCGAAUCAAAGAGGCGAUUGAAACUGAGCCUGGCAUAUCCACGAAAUCAGCAUCAGACCAGUUUCAGAAGCUAAUCGUUGGCCCUAUGUCUACUAUUCCUAAGGAUUCUGGCCAGGAGAGCCCUAUCAUCAUCGUGGUCGAUGCCUUGGAUGAAUGCGACCGAGAAAAAGACAUUGAACUCCUCAUUUGGCUUUUUUCUCGCUCAUCACAACCAGCCUUUCCAAAGUUGAAGUUCUUCCUAACUAGCCGCCCUGAACUUCCACUCCGCCUAGGUUUCAAGAAAGUAGAGGGAACCUAUAAAGACUUAAUCCUUCACGAGGUACCAGCCAGUAUCGUUGAGAACGAUAUGCUGAGAUUUUUUGAGUAUGAGCUUUUUAAUAUAAGAAACGAUUACAAUCUCUCAAGGCCCGAUGAUCUCAAACUUCCAGAAAGCUGGCCUGGCAGCUCCAACCUCGAAGUCCUUGUCAAAAUGGCUGUUCCUUUGUUCAUUUUUGCUUCAACUACAUGCCGCUUCAUAGCUGAUCUCAAGCACGGUGACCCCCAGCAUCAGCUCCAACGAGUCCUUCAGUACGAAGCAAAGGCUCCGGGGUCGCGUCUUGACGCGACAUAUUUACCAGUCUUGGACCAACAGCUCGACGGACUGUCUAACAGUGAAAAGGCAGAAGUCGCUCAAGAAUUCCGAGUUAUUGUUGGCACAAUCAUUAUCCUCGCAAACCCUCUGUCGAUUACUGCAUUGUCACGAAUACUAGAUAUAUCCAAAGAGACCAUUUUGAACCGCCUAGAGAUGUUCCAUUCCGUCUUAGACAUUCCGUCUUCGUUAAUCAUGCCGGUGCGAAUGUUGCAUCUUUCGUUUCGCGACUUUCUGUUGGAUCCAGAAAAACGUGACAAAACCCCAUUGUGGGUAGAAGAGAGACAAGCCCAUGCUACAAUGGCUAAUCACUGCCUGCGCUUACUCGACAAUCUCAAGCCAGAUAUGUGUAGUCUCAAAUCUCCAAGCAUAUCAACGGUGGAUAUACAACGCGAGACAAUCGACCAUCAUUUGCCUCCUGAGCUACAAUACUCUUGUCUAUACUGGGUGAGUCAUGCACAACAUUCGGAAAUGAAGCUUGUUGAUGGAGGGCCAGUCAGCGAGUUUCUACUGCGCCAUUUUCUCCACUGGCUAGAGGCAUUGAGCCUCAUGAAUCGGACUCGGGAGAUCAUUGGGUUGAUUCAAAUGCUUCAAGCACUUGUAGAGCCAGAAGCAGGUAUCAAGACAUCCGACUUUUUGAAUGACGCGAAACAGUUUGUGCGUACCCAUGCCUCGACAAUUGAGUCGUGGCCCCUCCAAAUAUAUUCUUCGGCUCUUGUUUUUACCCCAUCGGACAGCGUAGUGAGGGCCCAGUUUAGAGACAGUAUUCCUUCAUGGAUACUAUUUCCGCCGCCAGUCGACCACAGCUUGAAUCCGUGCACACUGCUGAUAGAAGGGCGCAGCAAUUAUAUCGAAUGUAUGGCCUUCUCGCAUGACUCGACGUUGUUAGCUUCGGGAUCCAGAGACCAGACACUGAAAGUAUGGGAUCUUGUCACGGGCGAAUGUUUGCAAGCAAUGACGGGCCAUACAGACUUUAUCUUGUCGGUAGACUUUUCUCACGAUUCAUCAAGUCUGGUGUCUGCCUCGUCUGAUCAUACCAUUCGUAUUUGGCGUACCGAGACGGGAGAGUGUAUCAGAAUACUCACCGGCCAUUCCGGCAUUGUGACAUCUGCAAUAUUUUCACCAGACUCGACUUUGAUAGCAUCAGGAAGCGAAGACUCAACUGUAAGAAUAUGGAACGAAGAGACUGGGGAGUGCAAGCAUGAGUUGCUGGGCCAUAAAGACCCUGUGACAACUGUUGCAUUUUUACCAGACUCAAAACUUGUUGCGUCUGCAUCUCACGAUGGAGUUAUUCGUAUCUGGAGCACUAACAGUGAUACGGAGCAAUGUGUUCAUGCAUUCAACCCUCGUAUUGGUUUCAUCUCGUCGGUCGCCUUUUCGCCUGAUUCGACAUGUCUUGCAUCGGCUUCAGUCAGUGGUGAAAUCGAAAUUGAGAUUUCCGGGAGAUACGUUAGAUGA